AUGUCUGACCAGCACGCCGAGGAAUACGAGGACCUAAAGGAGCAGGACCGCUACCUGCCUAUCGCCAACGUGGCACGGAUCAUGAAGCGGUCCCUGCCAGACAACGCAAAGAUAGCCAAGGAGGCAAAGGAGACUGUGCAGGAGUGCGUAUCUGAAUUUAUUUCCUUCAUUACCAGCGAGGCCAGCGACCGGUGCCAGCAGGAGAAGCGGAAAACUAUCAACGGCGAAGACAUUCUGUGGGCGAUGCAGUCGCUGGGGUUUGAAAACUACGCCGAGGCCCUGAAGCUGUACUUGGUCAAGUAUAGGGAGUCUGUCAAGGUCGAGAAGGACGGCGGCGCGUUGAACGCGUAUAUGGCGCAGCAAGGACAGCAGAAUCCGUACUAUGGUUAAACAGUGCUUAUCGUGAAAUAAUAGCAAGAG